UUUCAAGCAUAUUAGAAACGUUGAUUGCCGUCAAAUUUUCCCGAAUUUACCCAUUGUCUUUAUUUUCAGAUGCAGUAAACGACAUAAUGUCGUCGUUAUGAUAGCAGAUAUGCUAUGGCCUCUGAAUCCAACAAAGAUAAAGAAAACCAAGACAUAGAAAAUGAAAGUACACCUGUCAUUUCAACUGAGGAAGACCAAACAACACUAAAAGACACUGUUACAGAGAAAAACAAUAAAGAAAGUUCCGGUGACAAAGAUCAGGUCACACCAGGUUACCCCCUGCAGCCAAAACCUCCUGUAGUCCGGUUCUCAUCUCACAAGGGGGAUAACUGUGAGCAGGUGGAAGUAAUUGAAUACACAGACACCGAGGUAAUGGACCCAGAUUCAUCAGCUGAUUCCAGUUUAUGCGGGGCUACAGCGGGGCCACAUAUAGCUCUCAUGACUGUACUUUUAAUCCCGGUUGCCUUUUUCCCAUCAUUAACGGUGGCCUUUUACUAUGGUGCCUGGACAUGGUACAACUUGUACAUUUAUUAUAGUGAGGAGAGAACAGUUUGUCAUAAGAUAUUCAUCUGUCCUAUCCUCAUCAUUACCUUCCCUCUAACUGUUGGAUUGAGUUCCUUAGGAAUAGCGCUAUUUGCCGCAUUUAUUCAGAUCUCUUGGUCUUUUUUUAGGUGGAAGAUAGAGUUUUUAGAUUUUGAAAAAGGUUUUUAUGGAUGGUUGUGUUGUAAGAUAGGAUUGCCUAUGUGUUCUCCUUAUGAGGUUUUAGAAUACACAGAUGAUUCAGAACUUCAACCAAUGAGAGCAUGAU